AGCAGAAGAAAAAACAAAGUAGAGUUUGAAAGCAGAGACAUGGGUUCUGAUUUUGCUUGGUGCAUUUCCUUUUUGGUUCUUCUUGUUUUGAUGUGUGCAAAAGCCAGUAGUGCCCGGAAGAUAACUGGCAGACAAGAUAUGGAAGAAGGACCCAUCAGCACAAGCUAUCUGCAGCAACCUUCCAGUACCAUAAAUGGCGAUUCUCAUGUAUUAGCUCACAUGGAACAUCUGGACCCUUCACUAAACAUUUUCUUCAAGAUAGAUGACCUUAAGGUUGGGAAAACAACGGCCAUCUACCUCCCCAGUAAAGACUUUUCUGUCUCUCCUCAUCUGUUAUCCAGAGAAGAAGCCAAUUCUAUUCCCUUCUCAUCAACAAAACUCCCACAACUUCUUGAGUUCUUCUCAUUCUCUAAGGACUCUACCCAAGCCAAAGCCAUGGAUUAUACACUUAAACAAUGUGAGUUUGAACCCCCCAAGGGUGAGAUAAGGUUUUGUGCCACUUCCCUGGAAUCAAUGCUUGACUUUGUUCGUUCUGUCUUUGGCUUGGAUUCCCACCUCAAAGUUUUAACCACUACCUUUCUCGAAAAACCAACUGCCUUUCUUCAAAACUACACCAUUUUGGGCAUGCCUAAACAGAUCCGUACUUCCAGGAUUAUUGCAUGUCACACUUUGCCAUAUCCUUAUGCAGUAUUCUACUGUCACAGCCAAAAGAGUGAAACCAGGCUAUUUCAGGUUUCACUAGGUGCUGAGAAUGGAGACAGGGUGCAAGCUCCAGCGGUUUGUCACAUGGAUACCUCUCAAUGGGACCAUGAUCAUGUAUCGUUUCGUUUGCUCAAAAUCAAGCCUAGAUCAUCCCCAGUGUGCCAUUUUUUCCCUCCAGAUAAUCUAGUUUGGGUGCCUUUGCUUGCUUGAAUAUACUGGCCUGGUUAUGAAUAUUGUUUGUAUGCAGCAGCAGCAAAAUGCAACAGCAAAUCAUGUAGAGUAAUGUUACCAUCUAACAUGAAUGUUGUUCAACACCAUGUCAUAAUUUGGUUUGAUGUUUUUAGUGCCAUAAAUCAAAGGUUCUUUCCAGAGUUAUUACAGCCUCUGGCGUACUACAAACAUGAACUAACUUUUAUCCCUGAGGUCUUUUGACAACAACCUGAUUCAAUCGUCAAAAUAUAUGACAUUAUGACAUGUA